CUCUAAUUCUUGUUCAGUUUUCCAUAUCUUUUACUCACAAAAUGGCUGAGAAUUUUCCAAUCCCAACAUAUAUUGUGGUGAUAUUCAUUAUAAGCCUUUUAAUUUCAACCAUAGGCAAUUCAAAGCCAUGGAGUGCUUCUCUAUCACAUAACAAUAAGCUCCUUGCCCUUGAUGUCGCUGGGAAGCUUCUUGUAGAUCCAGAUUCUUUAAAAUCAGUCUCCAGUGAUUUUGGUCACAUAGUUAAAGAACACCCCAAAGCCGUUCUUUGUCCAUCCACAACACAAGAUAUUGUGUCUUUAAUAAAAGUUGCCUACAAUGAUUCCAUUCCUUUUAGUAUAGCGGCUAGAGGCCACGGGCAUUCUACCCGUGGGCAGGCUAUGGCUCAUGACGGGGUGGUUGUGGAUAUGUCAUCUUUGAAAAAUCAUCGGAAUGGGAGUGGAGUUACAGUUUCUGGGAACAAUUUUUCGGGUUUUUAUGCAGAUGUUGGUGGUGAACAACUUUGGAUUGAUGUGUUAAAAGCCACCCUGGAAUAUGGACUUGCACCGCUUUCCUUUACCGAUUAUCUCUACCUAACCGUUGGUGGGACACUCUCAAAUGCUGGAAUCAGUGGCCAAACCUUCCGCUAUGGUCCGCAGAUCGCCAAUGUUUACGAAAUGGAUGUUGUUACAGGAAAGGGAGAGUUAGUGACUUGCUCUGCGUACAAGAGCUCUGAUCUAUUUUAUGCGGUUCUCGGAGGUUUUGGCCAGUUUGGCAUUAUAACCAGAGCAAGAAUCGCCCUAGAACCAGCGCCGAAAAGGGUUAAGUGGGUUAGAAUGCUUUACAGUAAUUUCUCAACUUUUACCAAAGACCAAGAAUAUUUGAUCUCAUUCAACGGAAGGAGACAAAACCGAGCACUGAAUUACUUGGAAGGUUCACUUCUAAUGGACCAAGGUUCACCAAAUAACUGGAGAUCCUCCUUUUUCCCAUCCUCUGAUCACUCAAGAAUAAUCUCCCAAGUAACAAAACAUGGCAUCAUUUACUGUCUUGAAGUGGCCAAAUAUUAUGAUGACCACACAAAAAAUACGGUGGACAAGGAAUUGCAACAACUGAUCAAAGGUUUAAGUUUUCUUCCUGGACUUAUGUUUGAAAAAAAUGUCUCCUACGUGGAAUUUUUGAACAGAGUUCGAAGUGGGGAGCUAAAACUUCAGUCACAAGGAUUGUGGGAUGUUCCUCAUCCAUGGCUCAAUCUCUUUGUGCCAAAAUCUCGUAUCGUUGAUUUCAACAAUGGUGUUUUCAAGGAAAUUGUGCUUAAACGAAAUAUUACCACAGGGCCUGUCCUUGUUUACCCUAUGAACCGAAACAAAUGGGAUGAUAGGAUGUCAGCAGUUAUACCAGAGGAAGAUGUUUUCUACGCCGUAGGAUUUUUGCAUUCAAGUGGGUUUGGUAACUGGGGAGAUUUUGAAGAACAAAACAAAGAGAUAUUAAAGUGUUGUGAUAAUGCGGGCAUUAAAAUUAAACAGUAUCUUCCUCAUCACGCAACUAAGGAAGGCUGGAUAAACCAUUUUGGGUCAAAGUGGAAAACUUUUGCAGAGAGGAAAGCUCAGUUUGAUCCGAAAAUGAUCCUAGCACCAGGACAGAGAAUUUUCAAUAAUAUUUAAAGGCAUAGAUUAGAUUAGCUAGGCCCUUAUUAGGAUUAUAGAGAAUAAUUAGUACUGUACAUAUAUAUAUAUUUUUUUAUAAUUAAA